CACACCGGGCAGGAUGGGUGUGAGUGUGGGGCUGGGGCAGUACUGGGGCACAGUCCCUGUGGCCACCACGCCUGAUGGCCCCUGUUGUCACAGCGGGGCAGACGACCUGCUCCCCAUCCUGUCCUACGUGGUGCUGCAGACGGGGCUGCCCCAGCUGCUCUCCGAGUGUGCCGCCCUGGAGGAGUUCAUCCAUGAGGGGUACCUGAUCGGGGAGGAGGGGUACUGCCUGACGUCCCUGCAGAGCGCCCUGUCCUACGUGGAGUCGCUGCAGUGAGGAGGGGGCGGCCGGGACCCCCACGGCACAGCCCG